AUGGAGAAGGCGAGCGAAAUUGCACCUCAGUGGCGCAGAGGAGCGGCGAAGCUUAACUCGGAUCCCGAAGUAGUUGCCCGGCAAUUAGCGGUUGAGCGUAAGAAGACCGAACAGAACAAGGCUAAACGUGCUGCGGAGACAUCGAAGCAAAGGAAGGAACGUCUAGCAAAGCGGCGUCACCAGGAGGCUGAGCGACGUGCCCGACCAUCUCAGCCGCAGAGACAACAAGACGCCAUCGUUAACGUCAAGGCUCGCCGAUUGACUGACUAUACGGUGAAACUUAGUGAAAGCGCCAGUGCGACUCGGACCUUCGAGACGGACUUCGUAAACAAUCCUUUUGGAUGUGUGUGCGACGUGUGUGAAAGACUGUGGCACACGAAAGACUUGACGCCGGUAAGUAGUGCCUUGCGUGAAACGUUGAGUUUAGCGGCGCCGCCUACUGAAUGGGGAACCACCAUUGCACGUGUA